AUGGCUGAGACUCAAUCAUCAAAUACAGAACCCGUUGGUGCCCCGCCUACCACGGAUUCCGCCGGUCCACGGCAGUCCCAGCAGCGAGGGCCUAACUUACAUCAGAUCUACGCCCUCCCGGCGCCGAUCCGCACAUUCCCUCUGCCGGCCUUUUAUCCGAACAACCCCAUAUCCUUCUUCCAUGUCGCGUAUGCGUGGUUAGGCCAACUAUGGUCCCCGCCCAAGGCGGAACCUUCGGUUGUGCAUAAUGGAGUAUGGUCCGCCGCUACAUCAUCCGUGCACAUCACAGAUGAUGUCGCUACCCGAGCCCUCUGGGAGCAAGGCUUCUAUGGAAAGGGUAGCCUUAGUCGUAGUGAGCCGAAUUGGCUCAAGCGUGAACAAGUCCGCCAAGGACUGGCUGACGCACACGUCAGCGAGAUAAUGACUGUGCAACGACGUGAAGAACGUAUGCGCGCCAAGUGGGAGCGAGCACGUCUAGAGCAGGAGGCUAUUCGGGAAACCAGACUUAAGGAAGCUGAAGAAGCGAAGGCGCGAGAAACCAAGGCACGACAAGUCAAAGCCUUUGUGGCUAAGGAAAGAGAAUUGCGCGCUCAAGAGUCGAAGGACAUCGCUGAGCCCAGAUCUAUCAAGCCAGUCUCACUUUCAGCUGCUCUGCCAACCUACGAGUCCCCGGUCAGUCCUGCUGCGCUAUUGGCCUUGCCUAACUCGGUGGCAACCAUUAUCCAGCCAAAGCCUAUCAAGCCAGUCAACCUUCCGGUUUCUCAACCCAUCUACGAAUCGCCAGUGAGCCCUGCCGCGCUUCUAGCACUGCCCAAUUCGGCGACAGAAGCCGCUAAAGAGGACGCUGCUGAGGAUACUGAGACCGGUUUGGAUGGACUGGGAAUUUCUGGUGUUCACCUCUCGGCGCUUGGUUUAUCAGUGGAUACCCUUAUCAACGGCACCGUCACUGAAUCCAGUGUUGAGCAAUCCAACGGGGUCAUCGCGAACGACGCGGGUUCUGUCGCUGUAAGCUCUUCAUCCAACUCUUCAGACGAAGAGGAUGCCACGAAGCCCAAGAAGCGCCGCAAGAGCGUUCGCUUCUCACCAACUGUCGAAUCGACCACGUUUCACUUCGGUGACCCACCGAGUCCCAAGCGAUCGUUCUCCAACGCCAAGCCGAAUGGAGUGGACGAAAACCGUGCUGUUUCACCUGUGGCCCUUCCUGAACGUAAAGACGAGACUUUGGUGCAGACUACUACCAAACCGGUACUGAAGAAUAUGGAGCAUCUUCAACUCAUGCCAGAGGAAGCUUUCUUCCUGAGCUUUGGUCUGGGUGCUUUGACUGUUACCGAUCCUGCUUCGGGUUCUCGGUUAUCAUCCUUGGAGCUCUUGAAACUUUUCCGACAGAACUCUUACUUCCCUCCCCGAGUCGAGCCUGAAGACCCUGCUCUACAACCUGAUGACAACUUCCUCGUUCACUACGCAGUAUAUCAUCAUUUCCGGUCACUGGGCUGGGUACCUCGUGGAGGUAUCAAGUUUGGUGUCGACUGGCUACUGUAUACCCGAGGACCUGUAUUUGACCACGCCGAGUUUGGACUGAUUGUUGUUCCAUCCUACUCUGAUACUCUUUGGAAAGAGGCUGGAAAACAGAACCCUCAAAAGACUUGGCAGUGGCUUCAUGGAACAGUGCGUGUCCUUUCACACGUCACCAAGAGUCUUGUCCUCGUGUAUGUGGAUGUACCUCCACCUGCGAAAUUCGGGAUGGCUCUGGAACAAGGAGUCGCUGAGGCCUUGAAGCUAUACAAGGUCAGAGAGGUGAUGGUCAAACGAUGGUCGAGCAACCGCAACAGAGGAUGA